UGUUGCCGGGGUGGAUAUCGACACGCCAGCAAGCAGCCGCGUGAUUGGUCAACGCAGGCCGACGGUAAUUCAGGUUGACAGUGAGCUGAUCAGCGAGCUGCUCGUUGAGCCACAAGACUCCAUCUGCUCAUCUGCUCCUCCAGGAAAGAUGUCAGGACCGAGGCCCGUGGUUCUGAGCGGCCCAUCCGGAGCAGGGAAGAGUACUUUGAUGAAGAGACUCAUGAAGGACUAUGAAGGCGUCUUUGGAUUCAGCGUGUCACACACGACAAGGAACCCUCGACCCGGAGAGGAAGAUGGCAAAGGCCUCAACACGCUCCCUCUGCUCCUGGGGGCUACUUUACUGCCCGUAGCAGACGUCUUCUCCCCCGAAGACUUAGAAAGCUCACUUUCGUGUCCCGAGCAAUCACCGCGCGCACAUGAAGAUUAUCACUUCAGCACACGGGAGGCCAUGCAGGAGGGCAUCGAUCAGGGCAACUUCAUCGAGAACGCGGAGUUUUCCGGCAACUUGUACGGAACAAGUAAAAGUGCCAUCGAGGACGUGCAGGCCAAGAACCUGAUCUGCAUCCUGGACGUGGACAUCCAAGGAGUGAGGAGGAUUAAGGAGACAGACCUCAACCCCAUCUACAUCUCCAUCCAGCCUCCGUCCAUGGACAUCCUGGAGAAACGUCUGAGGGACCGCCAGACGGAGUCGGAGGAGAGUCUACAGAAACGUCUGGAGGCUGCUCGCAUCGACAUGGAACUCAGUAAGGAGCCGGGGGUCUUUGACGUCAUCAUCAUCAACGACGACCAGGACCGCGCCUACGAGGAACUGAAGGAGACCCUCAACCACGAAAUUCAAAAAGUUCAAGAGGCCAAACCCUAAAAAAAAGGCCGACUCGUCAGAACCUGAGAAGGCGACCUGCAAAAUAAAAGUCCCUGCUGGGGAAAUGUUGUCUUGUAAUCCUCCAUGUUUGACGGCGGAGAGGUUAGUGGGGCAGGCGGACUGGGAGAAGAAAGCAAGAUGGAGGUUUGUGUUAAUUAAGUUUUGUUAGAUUCUAAUUAGUGCAUUAAUUACAAUUCUAAUAGUCUUUAUUCCUAAUAUUCUCACUCAUUUUAUUACUAUAUUGCAUCAGGAAAGUAUUCACAGCAUUUCACUUUUCCCACAUUGUUUUUAUGUUACAGCUUCAUUCUAAAAUGGAAUGAAUUAAUGUUUGUCCUCAAAAUUCUACACACAAUACCCUUUAUUGAUUGAUUUUUAUUUUGCUUUAUUUUUUUUAGAUUUUUGCAAAUUUAUUAACAAUAAAAAACUAACAGGCUGACAGAGAAGAAAGCAAGAUGGAGGUUUUUGUUAAUUAAGUUUUGUUAGAUUCUAAUUAGAGCAAUAAUUAAAAUCAUAACAGUUUUUAUUCCUAAUAUUCUCACUCAGUUUAUUACUACAGUGCAUCAGGAAAGUAUUCACAGCACUUCACUUCCCCCCAAAAUUUUUAUGUUACAGCUUUAUUCUAAAAUGCAAUAAAUUAAUAUUUGUCCUCAAAAUUCUACACACAAUACCCCAUAAUGACAAUGUGAUUUUUUUUUAAUAUUUAAUUUUUGCUCAUUUUUUAAAAACAAAAAAAAAUCUAACAGGCUGACAGAGAAGAAAGCAAGAUGGAGGUUUGUGUUAAUUAAGUUUUGUUAGAUUCUAAUUAGUGCAAUAAUUAAAAUCAUAACAGUUUUUAUUCCUAAUAUUCUCACUCAGUUUAUUACUACAGUGCAUCAGGAAAGUAUUCACAGCACUUCACUUUCCCCCCAAAAUUUUUAUGUUACAGCUUUAUUCUAAAAUGCAAUAAAUUAAUGUUUGUCCUCAAAAUUCUACACCCAAUACCCCGUAAUGACUGUGAUUUUUAAAUUUUUUGUAUAUUUUUGCAAAUUUAUCAAAAAUAAAAAAACUAACGGGCUGACAGAGAAGAAAGCAAGAUGGAGGUUUGUGUUAAUUAAGUUUUGUUAGAUUCUAAUUAGUGCAAUAAUUACAAUUCUAAUAGAUUUUAUUCCUAAUAUUCUCACUCAUUUUAUUGCUACAGUGCAUCAGGAAAGUAUUCACAGCACUUCACUUCCCCCCCAAAAUUUUUAUGUUACAACUUUAUUCUAAAAUGCAAUAAAUUAAUAUUUGUCCUCAAAAUUCUACACACAAUACCCCAUAAUGACAAUGUGAUUUUUUUUUAAUAUUUAAUUUUUGCUCAUUUUUUAAAAACAAAAAAAAAAUCUAACAGGCUGACAGAGAAGAAAGCAAGAUGGAGGUUUGUGUUAAUUAAGUUUUGUUAGGUUCUAAUUAGUGCAAUAAUUACAAAGAUAAUAUUUUUUAUUCCUAAUAGUCUCACCCAGUUUAUUGCUACAGUGCAUCAGGAAAGUAUUCACAGCGCUUCCCUUUUCCCACAUUUUUUUAAUGUUACAGCUUCAUUCUAAAAUGGAAUUAAUUAAUGUUCAUCCUAAAAAUUCUACACACAAUACCCUUUAAUAACUGAUUUUUUUUUUUUUUUUUUUAGAUUUUUGCAAAUGAAUUAACAAUAAAAAACUAACAGGCUGACUGAGAAAAGAAAGUAAGUUGGAGGUUUGUUUUAGUUAAGUGUCUACUUUUGUUGGAUCAAUUUGUGCAAUAAUUACAAUCAUAAUUGUUUUUAUUCCUAAUAAUCUCACUCAUUUUUGUUCAUGUUUAUUACUACAGUGCAUCAGGAAAGUAUUCACACCACUUCACUUCUCCUACAUUUUUUUUAUGUUACAGCUUUAUUCUAAAAUGCAAUAAAUUAAUGUUGUCCUCAAAAUUCUACACACAAUACCCCAUAAUGACAAUGUGAUUAUUAUUUUUUUUUAAAGUUUUGCAAAUAUUUUAAAAAUAAAACAGGCUGACUGAGAGAAGAAAGCAAGACGGAGGUUUGUGUUAAGUUUUGCUGGAUUCUAAUUAGUGCAAUAAUUAAAAUCAUAAUAGUUUUUAUUCCUAAUAUUCUCACUCAGUUUAUUACUACAGUGCAUCAGGAAAGUAUUCACAGCACUUCACUUUUCCCACAUUUUUUUUAAUGUUACAGCUUAAUUUUAAAAUGGAAUGAAUCAAUGUUCGUCCUCAAAAUUCUACACACAAUACCCCUUAAUGACAGUGAUUCUUUUAUUUUAUUUUAUUUUUUUUAGAUUUUUGCAAAUUUAUUAACAAUAAAAAACUAACAGGCUGACUGAGAAAAUAAAGUAAGACGGAGGUUUGUGUUAAGUGUCUACUUUUGUUAGAUGAAUUUGUGCAAUAAUUACAAUCGUAAUUGUUUUUAUUCUAAAAUGCAAUAAAUUGUUUGUCCUCAAAAUUCUACACACAAUACCCCAUAAUGACAAUGUGAUUUUUUUUUUUUUUUUUUUUAAUUUUGCAAAUGUGUUUAAAAAAACAACAACUAACUAACAGGCUGACAGAAAAUAAAGCAAGAUGGAGGUCUGUGUUAAGUAUUUCCUUGUGUUAGAUUUAUUAGUGUAAUAAUUACAAUCAUUAUGGUUUUUUAUUCCUACCAGUGGGUAAAUAUUCACAAAUUUUAUUACCAAGAGAAAGUAUUCACAGCACUUUACUUUUCCCACAUUUUUUAUGUUACAGAUUUAUUCUAAAAUGGAAUAAAUUAAGGCUUGUCCUCAAAAUUCUACACACAAUACCCCAUAAUGACAAUUGUUUUUUUUUUUCAAUUUUACCAAAUGUAUUUAAAAAAAUAAAAUAAAUAACAAAUCAAAUGUACAUAAGGCUUAAAGGGGCAUAAAAACAUUUUUAAAAAUAUUGUAUAUCAACCGAUACAUCUGAAGUUAUUAAUCUUCAGAUUUAAGUGUUGAAAGUAAAAAAUAAAAAUAAAACUAAUAAUUAAAAAAAAUAAGGAAUUGAAAAAAAAUAUCAGAUAAUUUAAUAAUAAUAUCUGCUAAUUAUUUAAAAAACAAAAAUAUUUUUUUUUACUCAAAAAAUAAUGAAUCAAAUCAAUAUUUUUAUGAUUUAUUGACAGAUUUAUUCUAAAAUGGAAUCAAUUAAGGCUUGUCCUCAAAAUUCUACACACAAUACCCCAUAAUGACAAUGUGAUUUUUUUUUUUCAAUUUUUCCAAAUGUAUUAAAAAUAAAAAAAAUAACAAAUCAAAUGUACAAAAGGCUUAAAGGGGCAUACAAUUGUUUAAAAAAUAUUUUAGAUGGACCCAUACAUCUGAAGUUAUUAAUCUUCAGAUUUAAGUGUUGAAAGUAAAAAUUAUAAAUAAAACUAAUAUUUAAAAAAUAAGGAAUUGAAAAAAAUUAUCAGAUAAUUUAAUAAUAAUAUCUGCUAAUUAUUAAAAAAAAAAAUGUUCCUCCAAAAAUAAUUAAUCAAAAUCAAUAUUGUUAUGAUUUAUUGACGGAUUUAUUCUAAAAUGGAAUAAAUUAAGGCUUGCCCUCAAAAUUCUACACACAAUAAUGACAAUGUGAUUUUUUUUUUCAAUUUUUCCAAAUUUAUUAAAAAAAAAAAAAAAUAACAAAUCAAAUGUACAUAAGGCUUAAAGGGGCAUAAAAUUGUUUUAAAAAGGUUUUAUUUUAUAUCGACCGAUUCAUCUAAAGUUAUUAAUCUUAAGAUUUAAGUGUUGAAAGUAAAAAAAUAAAUAAAAAUAAUAAUAAAAAACAAAAAAUUGAAAAAAAAAUCUGACAAUUUAAUAUUAAUAUCUGAUAAUUAUUUAACACAUUUUUUGUUUUACUCAAAAAAUAAUGAAUCAAAAUCAAUAUUGUUAUGAUUUAUUGACCUAUGGUGUUACAUUAAAUAUUCCAUUUUGACAUUUUUUUGAGGGGGUAUUGUUAGAUUAGUGCACUUUACUUUUUUCCAAAUUUUUAUUAGACAUAUUUAUUCUAAAAUUGAGUGAAUUAAGGCUUGUCCUCAAAAUUCUAUACACAAUACCCCAUAAUGACAAUGUACAUUUUUCUUUUUUUUAGAUAUUUCCAAAUGUAUUAAAAAUAAAAAAAACUAACAAAUCAAAUGUACAUAAGGCUUAAAGGGGCAUAAAAACAUUUUAAAAAUAUUUUAUAUCGACCCAUACAUCUGAAGUUAUUAAUCUUCAGAUUUAAGUGUUGAAAGUAAAAAAAAUACAUAAAAAUAAUAAAAAACAAAAAAUUGAAAAAAAAAAUCAGAUAAUUUAAUAUUAACAUCUGAUAAUUAUUCAACGCAUUUUUUGUUUUACUCAAAAAAUAAUGAAUCAAAAUCAAUAUUGUUAUGAUUUAUUGACCUAUGGUAUUACAUCAAAUAUUCCAUUUUGACAUUUUUUUGAGGGGGUAUUGUUAGAUUGAUUACUGCAAUAAUUACAAUAUUUAUAUUUUUUAUUCCUACCAGUGCGUAAAUAUUCACUCAUUUUAUUACCAAGAGAAAGUAUUCACAGCACUUUACUUUUUCCACAUUUUUAUGUUACAGAUUGUUCCUAAAAUGGAAUAAAUUAAGGCUUGUCCUCAAAAUUCUACACACAAUACUCCAUAAUGACAAUGUGAUUUUUUUUUUUUUUAGAUCUUUCCAAAUUUAUUAAAAAUAAAAAAAAUAACACAUCAAAUGUAGAUAAGGCUUAAAGGGGCAUAAAAUUGUUUUAAAAAGGUUUUAUUUUAUAUCGACCGAUAUAUCUAAAGUUAUUAAUCUUAAGAUUUAAGUGUUGAAAGUAAAGAAAAUACAUAAAAAUAAUAAUAAAAAACAAAAAAUUGAAAAAAAGAAUCAGAUAAUUUAAUAUUAACAUCUGAUAAUUAUUCAACGCAUUUUUUGUUUUACUCAAAAAAUAAUGAAUCAAAAUCAAUAUUGUUAUGAUUUAUUGACCUAUGGUGUUACAUCAAAUAUUCCAUUUUGACAUUUUUUUGAGGGGGUAUUGUUAGAUUGAUUAGUGCAAUAAUUACAAUAUUUAUAUUUUUUAUUCCUACCAGUGCGUAAAUAUUCACUCAUUUUAUUACCAAGAGAAAGUAUUCACAGCACUUUACUUUUUCCACAUUUUUAUGUUACAGAUUGUUCCUAAAAUGGAAUAAAUUGAGGCUUGUCCUCAAAAUUCUACACACAAUACUCCAAAAUGACAAUGGGAUUUUUUUUUUUCAAUUUUUCCAAAUUUAUUAAAAAUAAAAAAAAUAACAAAUCAUAUGUACAUAAGGCUUAAAGGGCAUUAACACCUUAAAACAUAUAUUUUAUACAGACCCAUACAUUUGAAGUUAUUAAUCUUAAGAUUUAAGUAUUGAAAGUAAAAAAAUAAAUAAAAAUAAUACUUUAAAAAAAGAUAAGAUUUAAGUAUUGAAAGUAAAACAAUAAAUAAAAAAUAAUACUUAAAAAAAAAAAGAAUUGAAAUCUAAGAUUUAAGUGUUGAAAGUAAAAAAAUAAAAUAAAAAUAAUAAUUAAAACAAUUUUUGAAAAAAAUUAUCAGACAAUUUGAUAAUAAUAUCUUCAAAUUAUUUUUUAAUUUUUAAAAUUUUUUUACUCAAACAAUAAUGAAUCAAAAUCAAUAUUGUUAUGAUUUAUUGACCUAUGGUGUUACAUCAAAUAUUCCAUUUUGAAAUUUUUUUUGAGGGGGAAAUAGAUAUCAAAAGGGCAGUAUAGCUCGGUUGGUUGAGGGUUCCAGGUUCGAUCCCCGCUUCCGCCAUCCAAGUCACUGCCAUUGCCCUUUGGCAAGACACUUUACGCACCUGCUCCCAGUUCCACCAACACUGCUUUAAAUGUAACUUAGAUAUUGGGUUUCGCUAUGUAAAGCGCUUUGAGUCCCCUGGAGAAAAAGCGCUAUAUAAAUAUAAUUCAUUUCUAAAAAUGAGAGUGUGUACCUAAUGAAGUGUCCAAUCCUGCAUCUUGGCGUGCAAGUUUGUGUUAAAUAAACACAACCAGACUGUUAAA